AAUUCCCCAAUCCGCAGAUUCAUCUUCUUAUUUCUUCUCCGCCGCUCCACCUUUCUCACACACACACACAGCGAAAAUGGGUCGUGUAAUCCGGGCACAGCGUAAGGGUGCGGGUUCGGUGUUCAAGUCCCACACCCACCACCGCAAGGGUCCGGCCCGAUUCCGCUCCCUCGACUUCGGCGAGCGCAACGGCUACCUCAAGGGAGUCGUCACCGAGAUCAUCCACGACCCCGGCCGCGGUGCUCCCCUCGCCCGCGUCACCUUCCGCCACCCCUUCCGAUUCCAGCACCAGAAGGAGCUCUUCGUCGCCGCCGAGGGUAUGUACACUGGCCAGUUCGUCUACUGCGGGAAGAAGGCUAACCUCGUCGUCGGAAACGUUCUGCCCCUCAGAUCCGUUCCCGAGGGAGCUGUCAUCUGCAACGUCGAGCACCAUGUCGGUGACCGUGGUGUUUUCGCUAGGGCUUCUGGUGACUACGCUAUCGUCAUCUCGCACAACCCCGAUAAUGGCACCUCUAGAAUUAAGCUCCCAUCCGGAGCCAAGAAGAUUGUGCCAAGUGGCUGCCGUGCAAUGAUUGGUCAGGUUGCUGGAGGAGGGCGUACUGAGAAGCCCAUGUUGAAGGCAGGAAAUGCGUACCACAAGUUCAGGGUGAAGAGAAACUCAUGGCCCAAGGUCCGUGGUGUUGCCAUGAACCCAGUGGAGCAUCCCCAUGGUGGUGGUAACCAUCAACAUAUUGGUCAUGCUAGUACUGUGCGUCGUGAUGCACCACCCGGACAGAAGGUCGGUCUUAUUGCAGCCAGGAGAACUGGUCGGCUUCGUGGUCAAGCUGCUGCUACAGCUGCUAAGGCCGACAAGGCUUAAGCUAGUGUUUUUGGAUGAGUUACUUAAUUAUCUUACGACAUAUCAUUGUUAUAGGUUUAGUAGUUUUUUGUGGGAUUAAGAAUACUACUAUAAUGUUCUGUUCUUGUUUUUGUGGGACUUUGAAGAUUGUUACUUUUUGUUAUGGCAUUUUGAUUCUUAUGAUAGUGUCUUUAUUCUGGAGCG